AUGGUGCUGCACACAUGGAGAGCUGCACCUCGAGCGCAUGCGCUAAGUCUAUCCACAUGGGGCAGUGGAGGCACAAGAUGCAUUUCGACGGACAGGAGAAAUCGAUUAUCAAAGUUCUGGACCCCAACUGGAGGACUCUCACCACAAGACGGGGAGCAAGAUGAAUCACAUGCACUCCUAGUACGCGGCGGCUAUCUUCGACAAGCUCACUCCGGAGUGUUCCAUCUUCUCCCACUAGGGCUGCGUGUGCAGAACAAGCUGGAAGCUCUUAUCGACAAGCACAUGGAGUCAAUUGGCGCCUCGAAAACAUCCCUCUCAUCCAUCACCACAGAAGAGCUGUGGAAGCAAUCGGGACGCUACUCCUCGAACUCAGAACUCCUGCGACUCAAAGACCGCAAAGACUCUGGAUUCUUGUUGUCACCCACCCAUGAAGAGGAAAUCACCGCACUGGUAGCCUCCAUGGUCCAUUCCUACAAAGACCUGCCUCUCCGACUCUACCAAACGGGUCGAAAAUACCGUGACGAGCGACGGCCCAGACAAGGACUUCUUCGCGCGAAAGAGUUCAUGAUGAAAGACCUCUACACAUUCGAUUCUACAGUUGAAGCCGGACUGGAAACAUACAAGUCUGUCCGUGAAGCUUACAAGAAUCUCUUCGACGAGCUCAAACUUCCCUAUCUUGUAGCAGACGCUGACUCCGGCAACAUGGGCGGCAAGCUCAGCCACGAGUAUCACUUCGUCUCACCAAAGGGCGAGGACAAUGUCUGGUCGUGCGACUCCUGCGAGUACGUCGCAAAUGAAGAGCUGGUGGAGAAGAAGACCCCCUCCGCAGCACCAGCAGACGCCAAACCCCUCACAUUCACCGGUAUCAGCAUGGACCGCAAGACCAAGAUCGAAAUCCACGUACCCCGACCCUCGGACCUCGCCGCAGACGCCUCACCAACCUGGGACCAAAUAUCGACCUACACCAACCUGCACGCCCUGAAGAAAGCCGUGCCCUCCCCCAUUGAACUCGAUACGGGCAUCGAAUCCAGCACCCUAACCACCCUCCUCCCACAAACAACGUCAACAACUGCCAUCACCGACAAAUCUCUCUCCCCGUCCUCUACAGCCACAGACCUAACCAUCACACGCGAAGGGGACAGCUGUCCCCACUGCGCCGCAGGGCAUCUACACGUCCAAAAAGCCAUCGAAGUAGGCCACACCUUCCACCUGGGGACGCGGUACUCGGAGCCGCUACACGCAUACAUUGCGGGGCCCGACGCAGCGACGAUGUGGUCGCCCAUGCAGAUGGGCUGCCACGGGAUCGGCGUCUCACGCCUCAUCGGCGCCAUUGCCGCGCUGCUGUCCGACGCGCGCGGUCUGCAGUGGCCGCGCGCCGUGGCGCCGUUCGAGGUUGCGGUUCUGCCGACCCCGCAGGUUCCCGAUGAGGCGGCGACGGCGCUGUAUGAUGCUGUUGGUGGGGGUGGGGGCGUUGAUGUUGUGCUUGAUGAUCGCGUGGGCAAGGGGCUCGGGUGGAAGAUGAAGGAUGCGGAUCUCAUUGGGUAUCCGGUUGUGCUUGUUAUGGGCCGUGGGUGGAAGGAUAGAGGGGAGGUGGAAGUGCAGUGUCGCCGGUUGGGGGUGAAGAAGGAUGUUGGUCUCGGUGAGUUGAAGAGCGAAGUCGAGAGCUUGCUGGAGCGGUUGUAG